AUGAAAUUUGUGCACUAUCUUGUUUUCUCACUGUUUGGUUUUCCCAGUGAUGCUGCGAUCCAAACUUUUGGCUCUCCCGAAGUUCCCGAAGUUGCUUCGGCUAAACCGAGCACAUGCAAUGUAGAUACACAGAGCAGCAGCGUUAGCUACGUCGAACCCCUAAUCGAUUUUCAGGCCAAAACUCUGAGGGAUCUCCAGGCAUAUGUGGCAUUGUUGGAAGAAAAGUUGGAAGAGAAGCUGGAGAAGCAUGAGCGCCAGCAACGGGAGGAGCAGCGUUACAUCUUUGUCUUCUUAGCCGUAGGCGCUUGUCUCGCAGUGGUUUGCCUUGUUGCUGUGGCAGCAUGCCAUGUGUACGUGCACUCACUACAAGACCAACUGAGCUGGAUGCCCGAGCAACAGCAGCGUCACGAGCACCAUCCCAGGCACCAAAAGGCAGUCGCUGCACAGUCAAAAGCGUGUGACGGUCGAGCACACGAGGAGCAGUUCUUCUCCCAAGACCACUUGAGGUUAUCGUCCUUAGAUUUUGCAGGGAGUCGCAGGAAGAGCAGCUGCAGCAGCUGUUGCAGUAACCAUUCGCACCCCACUGCUGCAUGCCUAGACACUGUCGAGGAUGACUUGGGCGACGAACAAGACGUCCGGCUGUUCCCCACAAAAGAAGAUGUUGAAAGAGCUAUGGCUGUAGAAGAAGCGCGGGCUGCUGCAAAGUUGUCAACGGAGCUUCAGCAGCAGCAGCUGCAACUAGAGGCCCGUUGUUCCCGCCUCUUUGAAAGACUGCACGAGAUAACGGAUGCCAGCAGGGCUUUCUGCAGCAGCAGCAGUGAAUCGGAGGCGGAAGUGGCGACAGACACUGCUACGUUGGCAAGGAAGAAAUGUACAGAAGGCGAAGAAAAAGCUUCAACAGCAGCAGCGCGUGGAACCACAACAGACGGCGCAGGGAGUCCGACCCAGCUUCCUCGGCGUCAGAGGAAAAAGCAGAAGCUUGCGGCUGAUCCGGAGCGUCUUGAGGAGCAGCAAACGCUGUUGCUUGAGUUACAGCAGCUCUUUAAGGAGAUAGAUAGCACAUUUAAUGGCAACAGGCCGGCUCAUGUCUCUGCUAUGAUUCGCUGCUGCAACGCUCUGCUCCGGGCGGAUGGCCUUGCGGUCCUCAAGGCGUGCGCGGAUUGUCAGCCUCUCCACAACGCAGCGCAAACGAACCUGCAGGAGGCAGGAGAGGGACUGGUGGAGGAGGAGUAUACUGCUCAUGCUCUUGCUGCGGACGAUGCCACCACUGGCACUUGA